GCCCGGGAGGCGCCGGAGCCCAGCGGCUGGCGGUAAGGCCGCCUUCGCGGGGCUGUGGGAAGCUUGGGCUGUCCCAGGACCGUCAGUCUCCUCCUCUGACCCUCCCUUUCCGCUUGUGUGUGGGGCCGCCGUCCCACCCCACCUCGCCCGAGUCCGGGGCGGCCCCGGUGUCCCCUCCGAGCCUGCUGCACUCCACGUCCCACUACCAGGGCUCCAGCCCCCCGGGAAAUCUCCGGCCAGGCCCGCCCAGGAGCCAGAUCUAGGCUCCUGGAAGAACCAUGUCCGGCAGCUACUGGUCAUGCCAGCACACACUGCUGCCCAAGAGGAGCUGCUGUUUGAAUUAUCUGUGAAUGUUGGGAAGAGGAAUGCCAGAGCUGCCGGCUGAAAAUUACCCAACCAAGAGAAAUGUAGGCUGGGCACCCUGAAUCACCCCCUGCAGGAUGGACUUUCUGGUCCUCUUCUUGUUCUACCUGGCUUCGGUGCUGAUGGGUCUUGUUCUUAUCUGCGUCUGCUCGAAAACCCAUAGCUUGAAAGGCCUGGCCAGGGGAGGAGCACAGAUAUUUUCCUGUAUAAUUCCAGAAUGUCUUCAGAGAGCCGUGCAUGGAUUGCUUCAUUACCUUUUCCAUACAAGAAACCACACCUUCAUUGUCCUGCACCUGGUCUUGCAAGGGAUGGUUUAUACUGAGUACACCUGGGAAGUAUUUGGCUACUGUCAGGAGCUGGAGUUCUCCUUGUAUUACCUUCUUCUGCCCUAUCUGCUGCUAGUUGUAAACCUGUUUUCUUUCACCCUGACUUGUGUAACCAAUCCUGGCAUUGUAACAAAAGCAAAUGAAUUAUUAUUUCUUCAUGUUUAUGAAUUUGAUGAAGUGAUGUUUCCAAAGAAUGUGAGGUGCUCUACUUGUGAUUUAAGGAAACCAGCUCGAUCCAAGCACUGCAGUGUGUGUAACUGGUGUGUGCACCGUUUCGACCAUCACUGUGUUUGGGUGAACAACUGCAUCGGGGCCUGGAACAUCAGGUACUUCCUCAUCUACCUCUUGACCUUGACGGCCUCGGCUGCCACCGUCGCCAUUGUGAGCACCACUUUUCUGGUCCACUUGGUGGUGAUGUCAGAUCUAUACCAGGAGACUUACAUUGAUGACCUUGGACACCUCCAUGUUAUGGACACGGUCUUUCUUAUUCAGUGUGAACACUUCAUUCAUCCCACAGGAAACUCUUGUAUGUACUGGGAUUAUUCUGGGCUGCUUCUCAGUGCUGUUUAUGUUCAGUUUGUCACAUUUGGACACAGGUAGGUGGGCUGAGGAAGCAGCGCUGGUGGCUGUGGCAGGCCCAGGGUUGGCCAGUGUUCACUCUCAUGGAUGUCACAGUCCAGCUGCCUAAAGCACUACCUUUUCUCUGCCCCUAGUACCUGUUCCUGACUUUUCCACGGAUUAUCUUCAUGCUGGGCUUUGUCGUGGUCCUGAGCUUCCUCCUGGGUGGCUACCUGUGCUUUGUCCUGUAUCUGGCGGCCACCAACCAGACUACUAACGAGUGGUACAGAGGUGACUGGGCCUGGUGCCAGCGUUGUCCCCUUGUGGCCUGGCCUCCGUCAGCAGAGCCCCAAGUCCACCGGAACAUUCACUCCCACGGGCUUCGGAGCAACCUUCAAGAGAUCUUUCUACCUGCCUUUCCAUGUCAUGAGAGGAAGAAACAAGAAUGACAAGUGUGUGACUGCCUUUGAGCUGUAGUUCCCGUUUAUUUACACAUGUGGAUCCUCGUUUUCCAA